AUGGAGGAGCCCGUGAGAAAGAACUACAGCGAGAGGGGCGGUAAGGCCCAAAAAGUGAUAAGAAACUUUGGGGCUCAGACACAGACAGGAGAAAAGGGCAAGGGAACUUACCCUAAGUGUGAUAAGUACAAUAAUCACCAUGGCGGGAGAUGCAUCAUCUGUCUCAGAUGCAACAAAGGAUGUCAUUUCGCUAAAGAUUGCAGGAGCGGAGGGAGACGAACAUGCCACGAGUGCGGAAGUCUGGAUCACUUCAGGAAUGCAUGCCCGAUACUGAACCGAGGGCCAGUUACUAACCCAGCACGACCAGUCAACCACGGAAAUCAAGGAGGCCAAGCACGAGGUCGAGCGUUUGAGAUUGGGGUAGAAGAAUCCAGGCAAGACCCGAACGUGGUCACAGGUACAUUCCUCCUGAACAAUCAUUACGUAUCUAUAUUAUUUGAUUCUGGAGCAGAUUGGAGCUUCGUGUCACUAGAAUUUAGACCAAAGAUUAGUUUAAAGUCACAAAAGCUGAAAGAAGAUUUUGUUAUCGAGUUUGCUAAUGGGCAGGAAGUUAGGACUAAAGACGUAAUCAUGAAUUAUACCUUACGUUUAGCCGAACAAAACUUUAGCAUAGACCUUACUCCAAUCAGAUUAGGAAGCUUUGAUGUAGUUAUGGGUAUGGAUUGGCUAUCCAAAAAUCGAUCUGAGAUAUGUUGUUCCAAGAAGACCAUUCGAAUUCUAAAAGGAAGUGAAACGCUCGUGGUGCACGGAGAGAAGUCCCUGAGAAAUUUCAAGUUAGUGACAUGUAUGAAGAUGCGGAAAUACUUGAAAAAGGAAUAUGUUACGUUUAUGGCCCACAUUGUGGAUAAGGGAAUCAAAGAGAAACGCAUCCAGGAUUUUCCCAUAGUUCAGGAUUUUCCCAAGGUAUUUCCUGAUGAGCUGCCAGGAUUACCCCCGUUACGGCAAGUCGAAUUCCACAUUGACUUAAUUCCUGGAGCAGCGCCCGUGGCCAAAUCACCUUAUCAUUUGGCACCAUCGGAAAUGAAAGAAUUGUCAGAACAACUUAAGGAGCUACUCGACAAAGGAUUCAUCACACCCAACUCUUCACCCUGGGGAGCUCCAAUCGAUCUUCGAUCCGGAUACCAUCCAAUGAGGGUUCGUGAGGUAGAUAUUCCUAAGACGGCGUUCAAGACUCGUUAUGGUCAUUAUGAGUUCUUAGUUAUGCCCUUUGGGUUAAUUAACGCACCGGCAGUCUUCAUGGAUUUAAUGAAUAGAGUAUGUAGGACAUAUUUGGAUAACUUCGUGAUUGUAUUCAUAGAUGACAUACUAAUCUAUUCGCAAAACAAGGAGGAGCAUGAGCAGCUCUUAAAGUUGAUACUUGAGCUGUUAAGGGAUCAGAAAUUGUAUGCCAAGUUCUCCAAAUGCGAAUUUUGGAUUCGUGAGGUGCACUUCCUUGGUCAUAUGGUAAAUGAGAAUGGAAUUCAUGUUGAUCCAGCCAAAGUUGAGGCUAUAAAAAGCCCCAAGGACCCCGACAGAAAUUCGCCAAUUUCUCGGCUUAGCAGGUUACUAUCGCCGUUUUAUUUCAAAUUUCUCCAAGAUCGCACAACCACUGACGACAUUAACCCACAUGGAUAA